AUGCCCGGCGGCAAACACAGCGAAAGUUACGUAGCGACUACAUCCUUCGCAAGCGACGAUGACGAGAAACGUUGCAAAAUCAACCUCUCUGAGCUUAAUGGAGUUGUUGCCUGGAACAACGGCAUCGACCUGGAGAAACAACACACAUCGGAUUUGCGUAUCGAUCUAUACGUAGAUACCAAAAAGUUGCUAGCCAUGUUCAAACUGCAUGGCUUUAUCCUACUCAAAGAUGGCAACACCAAGAAAAAGCUGUACUUGCUUGUUCAUCCAGAGACGAUCCAGUCGAUCGAGUUUGCUCGCAGUCAUCGUCCGCCCGCCAUGCAGGGACCUGACGGCGACAACUUCAUUUCCCUAGAGUUUACGAUGACACAACCACCUAGUCUCGUGGCGCCAACGGCAAACAAAGGGUCUUACGAGCCAAGGCCUCGGUAUCAAGCUCUUUUUGACAGCAUGAAGUCCCUGGCUACAUUGUGCCAGUUCACUGUUUACCUGAACCGCCUCAACCUUACACCGGAGUAUCGAGAGCAGCUAGCUUUGCUCCCGUCGGUCUUCUCGUCCUCUCGUCCAUUUGGCCUAAUGCGGACGGACGAGAUAUUGGCAUCGUUCGACGUUUUGUUCCAUGGCGGGCCCGGUCAGGUUAUCGACUUGGGCAAGACUGCUCCUCCCUCUGGCACUAAUCACAACCAGACUUUGGAAGAAAUUGCAAAGGAAACAGCAGCGAAACCGACAGACGUCAUCCCUCCCCCAUAUACCAACGAUAGCUCGUCUCGGAAUGCGCCGGGGUACUUGGCCCCUAUUGAUCGAAAGCGACGUAUAAGUGAAUCCUUGUCUCCUGUGACAACAGAUGAACAGGUGCAGCCGCCUUCCACCUCGGGCUCACUUCUUCAAAGCCCGAAUCAGUUCUCCACCCCGACUGACCGAAAGCGUCGACGCACAAGCGAGCUCUUAUCUCACUCUCCAACUGACAAGCACAUUCUCCUCGCAAUACGUCGAGUGCUCGGCCGCACCGCCAGCCUCGAUGUUCGGGUCAAACAGGUUGAGAAACUGAUAACCGAGUGUCUCAAUGCCGAAAGCACAUGCAGAUACGACACAGAGGAGGUGGAGCAAAUAUUCGGUCACAUAAACACCAAAGUCGACGAAAGAAUCGACGAUCAUUUGUAUGAUGUGCGUCGCGAACUCGAGGGCGCGCUCCUAAGCCAGACGGAGGAAUGGGUGGCUGAGACGGUUGAACUAGCCCAAGAGGAGCUGCGGAAGGAGAUCGAAGACGAGUGGGUCGAGGAUAUCCGUGAGGAUAUCACGGUGAAGAUGGAGAAGAUGGUCAAGAGGGAGGUGUUGAAGGACAUGGCACAGGCAGUGAAGGUGAUGAGGAGUGCCCAGGCGCACAAGGAUGAUGCGAAACCAACAACACGAAGGAGGAUGUCCACCAGUACAGCAAGUACACAGAGCACGGUGACGUCUACCAAGCCGAUCCCCUCUGCAACGUUAAACCAGUCGUUACCUGGCGCAGCGGACCUCCAGACCGCCAUUAGGGAUAUCCAGAGGAGGUAUAGUCCCAAGAUCUCUGCGGAAGAAAUGAUGAGGGUGUUGGAUUUUCUAGGCGAAAACCUCAUUGAAGCAGUCAAAUACAACGGGUGCGGUACCGAGCUGAAGUGGCUGUAUGUGCAAAGAUGGGCAGCGAAGCAAUGAGAGUAGCCGAGCUGAUCUUAGCGUCGAGUCGAAUACAUCACACUUUUGGUACACUCUUUUGUAUCAAGCGGUCUCCA